AUGAAGAAUACCGACGCCAUGGACACCAGUGCCGAGCCCACUACUACUAUGGAUCGUCGAAGCAACCAUCCCCCAAACUCGUCGUCAUCAUCUGAUCUCAUUAUCAACAAGGAACCGUUUGCGGAUAUUGUCCGUCAUUACGUACUGGACCUCCUGGAAGCCACCGAUAUUCUCCAAUUACGGCAACUGCCCGAAUGCCGCGAGAGUUUGAAUCUGGAUCGGCAGUACUGUUCCAUCGAUGGGAACAAGUUGGAGUUUCGAGAAAUUACGCUUACACCCACAGAGCGGCAAGAAACGCAACACAUUUUUGAGUCCAAUGCACAAAAUGCCCGCGAUGCCAACCAAGCACACAAGGAUCACGAUUUGUGUCAUUUUAUGGACGACGACAAUGGUAGAGAACAAGUGUGUCCUCGCUGUCACGCCUGUUUGGGAUGUCAACGAGUGUUUCGGUGGCAAGAACGACAGCAUUUGGAUCCUGUCUAUUGCGAAGAUUGUCCGGGAUUUUGGUGUGACGAUUGUUACUUUACCGAUACGCUAGGACCCGACCAUGCCAAUUGCUGCCGUUGCGAUCAGGAAAUGUGUGCCGUCCAACAACAGCGGCAACGACAACAACAAAAGAAUAAUACUGAUGAUACCAACAGCAAUUUACCCAUUUGCGAUGCUCGACUCUGCGAGGAUUGUACGCGGCAAAAUCCUACUUGCAACACUGUCAAUUACACGUGUGGACGAUGCGAAAAGAAUUUUUGUCACGGUUGUUACGGAGCCUGGCAAAACAUUAAUCACCCCGAUGGAGCCCAUCAUGGAUUCUGUUGCGAUGAUUGCAUUCCCCUCGUCGAACAGAAUCCUCUAUCGCACUUUGAAUGGUAUUUUAGUAUGGGACCAGAGAGGGUGUAG